CAGAUUGGCAAGGCAGGCUGGCAGAGCCUGCGUGCGUAGGAGGCAGCCGGCAGCAGCGCCAUGUGCUAACGACCUCACAGCCAGACUCCCCCUGGUUAGUGCUGAGUGUCAGAACCACCCCCAGAACCUCAGUUAAGCAAAUAGGUUGGUUUCCAUGGAGAUGUGGCAUAUUUUCUCCAUGGCAACCUAAAAUCCUAAAACCCGUGUUCAGGAGUGAGCCAUCUCUGGACAGUAGAGGGUGCUCUCCCACGAGGCUGACCUGAGGCCAGGGGCAGAUGAGCAACUGACCACAGCCCCAGAGGUGCCCCCAGAGUGUGGCUGGGGCCUGCGGGGACUGGGUCAGGCCGUUUAACCACUUCCCGCCCACCUGUGCAAUUUGAGGAGCUGGUGAGGCUGCAGGAGGCCCUGUGUGGAGGUGGCACCCCCCAGCUGGGGCCCUCAGGGCAAGGCUAGCUAGCAUGGAGGGGAUCCCUGACCCCCGAAGCAGGGCCCAGAACAGAGGAGGCAGGCACUGGCCAGGCGGGGUGGACACACAAGAGUUAACAGGCGGGUGUGACAGGCGGACCGCCCUCAGGAAGUGUUACUCACUGGGAUGUGCGUGCCUUGCCUUGGGGUUGGAUUCUCUUCCUGAAGCCGAAGGAGCUCCCAGCCAUGGAAAGCCCUGGAGAGUCAGGCACGGGCCCUCCUGGAGCCCCCAGCCCAUCCAGCUUCACUCCUGGGCACCUGGAGACAGAAAAGCCAGCCCAGGACCCACUGUAUGACGUGCCCAAUGCCAGCGGCGGGCAGGCAGGCGGGCCACAGCGGCCGGGGCGUAUUGUGAGCCUGCGGGAGCGCCUGCUGCUCACCCGGCCUGUGUGGCUGCAGCUGCAAGCCAACGCAGCGGCGGCACUGCACGUGCUGAGGACCGAGCCCCCGGGGACGUUCCUCGUGCGGAAAUCUAACACCCGGCAGUGCCAGGCCCUGUGCAUGCGACUGCCCGAAGCCAGUGGCCCCUCCUUCGUCUCCAGCCACUACAUCCUGGAGAGCCCUGGCGGCGUCUCCUUGGAGGGCUCGGAGCUCAGGUUCCCAGACCUAGUCCAGCUCAUCUGUGCCUACUGCCACACCCGGGACAUCCUUCUCCUCCCGCUGCAGCUCCCCAGAGCCAUCCACCGUGCAGCCACCCACAAAGAGCUGGAGGCCAUCUCCCAUCUGGGCAUUGAGUUCUGGAGCUCCUCCCUCAACAUCAAGGCUCAGCGGGGCCCGGCUGGAGGCCCAGUGUUGCCCCAGCUGAAGGCCCGGUCCCCUCAAGAGCUGGACCAGGGCACCGGAGCCGCCUUGUGCUUCUUCAACCCCCUGUUCCCGGGGGACCUGGGGCCCACCAAGCGGGAGAAAUUCAAGAGAAGCUUCAAAGUGCGCGUGUCCACAGAGACUUCCAGCCCCCUGUCUCCACCUGCCGUGCCGCCUCCCCCCGUCCCUGUGCUGCCAGGGGCAGUCCCCAGCCAGACAGAGCGGCUGCCCCCUUGCCAACUGCUGCGGAGGGAGAGUUCAGUGGGGUACCGCGUGCCAGCAGGCGGUGACCCUAGCCUUCCGCCUAUGCCCUCCCUCCAGGAGGUGGACUGCGGCUCCCCCAGCAGCUCCGAGGAGGAGGGGGCACCAGGGUCCCGGGGGAGCCCAGCGACCUCGCCCCACCUGGGCCGCCGGCGGCCUCUGCUUCGGUCCAUGAGUGCCGCCUUCUGCUCCCUACUGGCGCCGGAGCGGCAGGUGGGCCGGGCCGCGGCAGCACUGAUGCAGGACCGACACACAGCCGCAGGCCAGCUGGUGCAGGACCUACUGACCCAGGUGCGGGCCGGGCCUGAGCCCCAGGAGCUGCAGGGCAUCCGUCAGGCGCUGAGCCGGGCCCGGGCCAUGCUGAGCGUGGAGCUGGGCCCUGAGAAGCUGCUGCCGCCUAAAAGGCUGGAACAUGUCCUGGAGAAGUCAUUGCAUCGCUCUGUGCUCAAGCCUCUCCGGCCCAUCCUGGCAGCCCGCGCGCGGCGCCGGCUUGCCGCAGAUGGCUCCCUGGGCCGCCUAGCUGAGGGCCUCCGCCUGGCCCGGGCCCAGGGUCCUGGAGCCUUUGGGUCCCACCUGAGCCUGCCCUCCCCAGUAGAGAUGGAGCAGGUGCGCCAGAAACUGCUGCAGCUGCUCCGCACCUACUCACCCAGCGCCCAGGUCAAGCGGCUCCUGCAGGCCUGCAAGCUGCUCUACAUGGCCCUGAGGACCCAGGAGGGGGAGGACGCGGGUGCCGACGAGUUCCUGCCUCUGCUGAGCCUCGUCUUGGCCCACUGUGACCUUCCUGAGCUGCUGCUGGAGGCCGAGUACAUGUCAGAGCUGCUGGAGCCCAGCCUGCUCACCGGAGAGGGUGGCUACUACCUGACCAGCCUGUCUGCCAGCCUGGCCCUGCUGAGUGGCCUGGGUCACGCCCACACCCUCCCACUGAGUCCCUCGCAGGAGCUACGGCGCUCCCUCAGCCUCUGGGAGCAGCGCCGCCUGCCUGCCACCCACUGCUUCCAGCACCUCCUCAGAGUAGCCUAUCAGGAUCCCAGCAGUGGCUGCACCUCCAAGACCCUGGCCGUGUCCCCAGAGGCCUCGAUCGCCACCCUGAACCAGCUCUGUGCCACCAAGUUCCGAGUGACGCAGCCCAACACUUUUGGCCUCUUCCUGUACAAGGACCAGGGCUACCACCGCCUGCCCCCUGGAGCCCUGGCCCACAGGCUGCCCACCACUGGCUACCUUGUCUACCGCCGGGCAGAGUGGCCUGAGACCCAGGAGGCUGCGACAGAAGAGGAGGGCAGAGGGCAGUCAGAGGCAAGGAGCAGAGGGGAGGAGCAAGGGUGCCAGGGAGAUGAGGACGCUGGGGUCAAAACCAGCCCCAGGGACGCUCGGGAAGAGUCUGAGACAACUGCUGAAGGGGGCCAGGGUCGAGCCCGUGAAGGCCCUGCUCAGCCAGGGGAGCCAGAGGCAGAGGGAAGCCGGGCAGCAGAGGAGUAGCUUGAAGUGGCCAGCGGGGUCGUUUGGGGCGGGAGACCUUGCGCCUGCUGAGAAGUCCUUUUAGCGCCAGCAGCCCCACCCAGGGCCCUGUCCCGUGUCUGCCACCACCUUUGUCUGAUACUUGUCUCCAGGGAAGCUGAGGGAACUGCCACAUCUGAGGAACUGGAAUAAAGAUGAGGGGGCUCAGGGGACCCCCAGACUGUGUGCCUAA